AUGGCUGGUCUUGCCUCUCUGCUUGUGUCCGUCGGGCACCAGGCAGGGGCUCUCCGCACCCUCCGGGCUGCUGCAGCCCCCCAUCCUCCCCGCAGCCCCCUGCAGCCUUCCCACACCCAAGCCUUCAGCGUCAGCAGGUCUGGCCCAGCUUGGCACAGCCUGGGAGAGGAGACGGAGGUGUCUGAGCCUGGUGGGGCUCAGGACCUGGAGGAAGAGAGAAAAGCCCCAGGGAAAAGCCCUAAGGAAGGAGAAGAGAGUGGAGAACUAUCUCCUCUCAGCCCAGGUGGGCCCAGGCCAGGGCUGGCGAGGCGAGAGACGCUUCGAGAGAUGGCUCUGCGCAGCAAGAUGUCCCGACUAGUGGAGGCGACUUCCCGGCUUGUACAAGUAGAACAGACUCUCCUGCUCCCUCUCCUACAGCAGCAUCCUCUUCCUCUCCACCCAAAAGAUAGCAUUGAGUUUAGAAACAUCUGCAGUCGUAUGGCUUUACAAAGAGAGGGACAACAAUUUGAGAGGGACCUACAUGAAGCCCACCAGUGUUUGAAGACCAUCAUUGAGAAACUCAUUUGUUCAUUGGCAGUUUUUCCCUCAGAUUCUUAUAUCCCAGUUCGAUCUGCUCUGAGACAAAUCCUGCAAAAUCUCCUGGCAAUGUGA